GGAUGGUCAUGGAAGGUUGAGUACACAGAGCUCCCUCUCCCUGUGUUUACUGUCAGAAUCAGAGCAGUGUGUUUGCGUCGAGUGUGGCUAAUGGACAAAUGGUUGCCCGAGGCCAGAGACCAUAGGAAGCGAGCGAUCUGAACCUCCAGGAUGUGUUUUAUCCAAGUUUGAAGCUUUAAAAAAAACCUCUAAAAUGGAUCUGAGAGCCAAGCAUGGUUUGAUGAUGUUGGAAAAGCUAAACCGCAUGCGAGAGGCCGAGCAGUUAACCGACGUGGUUCUGAUAGCUGAGGGUGUCAGCUUCCCAUGUCACCGCGCAGUGCUGUCCGCAUUCAGCCCCUACUUUCGCGUAAUGUUUACCUGCGGCUUGCGUGAGUGCACCAACCGUCAGGUGGUACUAAGAGACAUGCCGGCACAAAGUUUGGCCCUUCUUCUAGAAUACAUAUACAGCUCCAAUCUUCCGCUCACUGCAGCCAACGUGCAGGGGAUCUCUGUUGCUGCGUUUCUCCUGCAGAUGGAUGACGUGUUCAGCCGUUGUCAGGCCUACAUGAUUGAUAACAUGGAUAUGUCCAACUGCCUGGGCAUCUAUUACUACGCCCGGGAUCUGGGGGCAGAGGAGUUGGCUGAUGAGGCUCAACGCUACCUGCGGCAACACUUUACCGAGGUGUGUCUCAACGAGGAGGUGCUGGAGUUGGAGGCACACCAGCUAGGGGCGCUGCUCAGCUCGGACGACCUCAACGUUUCACGGGAAGAGAGCAUUUUGGAACUGGUGAUGCGUUGGGUGAAGCACCGCCCUUGUGAUGUGGGGUCAGAAGUGGAGAACCGUGCCAGGCACCUUCCAGAACUCUUAAAGAAAGUACGUCUGGCAUUGGUUGGUGUAGAUUACUUAAAGGGGACAAUGAAACGAAACACAGCGCUCCUAUCUGAUGCUGAAUGUCUGGAGAUGAUGGAGCAGGCAGUGGAAACAGCAAGCAUGGAUUCUGAUGCUCCACCUCGCAGACUGAAACUGCGUUAUGGGAUGGAGACCACAGAUCUUUUACUGUGCAUCGGUAAUGACGGCGGAGGGAUACGCUCGCGGUAUGAAAGCUACUCCGAGCGCAGCUUCUGUUACUCUCCCAACACCACUCGAACACUUUUCAUAACCUCACCACGGUAUGGUGAUGCACUUGGAUGCGUCUGUGCCGGGGUGGUGACCGAGAGGAAUCAAAUUAUCGUGGCAGGAGAGCUUGGAGCUCGAAGGAUGGCGAGGCAGAAAGAAAGAAACGUCGAGAUUUUCAUGUACAACAAGGAAGCCCAGGGUAGCUGGAAAAACUUGAGUUCAGCAGAAUAUCGUGACUCUUAUGCCCUUAGUUCUCUGGGAGACAACUUGUAUCUAAUUGGUGGUCAGAUGAAGCUGAAGAAUCAGUUCCUCUUCACUAAUAGUGUCGAACGCUGGUCUCUGAAUGGUGGGCCUUGGCGUAGUGCUGCCCCUCUGCCCAUGCCACUUGCCUAUCACAGUAUAGUUCGGAUGAAAGGCCGCUUGUAUGUGCUCGGGGGACGAACCCCACAGUCAUACCGCACAGAUGACGAGCCUGACCGUAUGAGUAACCGACUGCUUGAAUAUGAUCCAGAAACCAACAAGUGGAGUGAACUCGGUCCUAUGAGAUAUUCAAAAUACCGUUGCAGCGCAGUCGCACUCAAUGGGGAAAUCUAUGUUCUCGGUGGCAUUGGGUGUGAAGGUGUGGAUCGUGGCCAGUCGCGUCACUGUUUAAAUGUAGUGGAAAUCUACAACCCUGAUGGAGAUUUUUGGAGAGAUGGUCCUCCUUUACCCUACUCUCUCCUAUCGCUACGCAGCAAUGCUUCAAAUGCUGGUGUGGUGGAUGGAAAACUUUACAUCUGUGGCUACUACAAAGGAGCAGAUCGUCAUGAUAUCAUCACUAAAGACAUCCUGCAGUUGGAUCCCUGGGAAAAUAUAUGGACUGUGGUGGCAAAGCAAGCACUGAUGCACGACAGUUACGAUGUGUGUUUGGUGGCAAAUAUGAACCCUCGUGGACUCAUGCCCCCUCCUGCCGACUUGGUAGAUGAAUGACAUCUAUUUGAUGUGAUUUCUCAUAGAAAAUUGCUUUACAUGUCAGAUACUUGUAUAGAUGAUAAAAAAAUGAAUGUAGAUAUUAAGGGGGAAAAAAAUAGGAUUUUUAAAGAAAAAUUUAAAAUUCUACAAUUAUUUUAAAUAAU